AUGCAUACUGUUUAAAAUUGCCAUGGAUUCCAAAAAGUAUAAAGGAUAUGAAAAUUGCUCGAUCUUUAUUCCAACUACUUUUUAACUGUGCUUUCGAAAUUUUUGAGAUUGGUUCUACUAUAAUUAAUCCACAAAUGAUCCAAUUAUUGUUUGAUGAAGAUAAAACAAAUAUGCCUUUACAAAUACAUUCACAACAAAUCGAACUACUUCUUUGCGGGAAUCAUGUUUUCGACUUUGUUUUGAAUCAUUUGGUUUCUAAUGACCUUCAAUUCAAUAUUGAUUCUACAGAAUAUGAUAUAGAAAAAAAUUUGGACGUUUUAUUCAAAAUUUUGGCAAAUGGAGGAAGUAAAUUUUCCAUGAUUAAUUUUGCAUGUAUUGAUUCUAAAUUUUACAAUUUCAUUAUAGAGGUUUGUACAUUAUUAUAA